AUGCAAUCAGAACUGUGGAUCAAUGUUAUCGGACUAAUUUGCGGAAUUUGCGUUAUCAUGCUUCUUAUAUUCAAACUCGGGCGAAAAUCUUUCAAAUGGUACACGCUCAACGUCCUAGUUGCCUUGAGCAUCACCCAAUUUUUUGCAGUUAUAACUGUGAUAUGCCAAAAUCAGAACGAAGAAGUGAUGGAAAUGUUGGUUUUAAUUUCGAAAAUUAGUUUUGAGAAAUAUAUCAAGUUAGUGUCGGGUGUCGGGAUGUGGUCAUUCUCGCUGGUGCGUCUCGUAAUGCUUUGCUCGCUGCUAGAAAUUUAUUGCAUUUAUACAUUUCAAAACAAUAUUCUGUCACGAUUUUAUCAGAGGGUUUGGCUUCCGCGCAUACUGAUGAAUAUUAUUGCCGUUUCACUUAGUACUAUGGUAGUGAUGGCAUUCGGUUUUGAUUUAAUGGCUGAUUUGGCUACAGAAUUGUAUUGCGCCAUAUCUCUUACACUCUAUUUUACAGCGGUAGUCGUCCUGUGUCUGGUAAUUUAA